ACUGGCUGCGAGCACGACGGCGUCAUCUACCGUAACGGCCAGAGCUUCCAGCCCAGCUGCAAGUACCAAUGCGUGUGCGUCAACGGCGCCAUCGGCUGCGUGCCACUCUGCACCGAGUCCAAGCCGCCGCGCGUCUGGUGUCAGAACCCGCGGCGCGUCAAGGUGCGAGGACAGUGCUGCGAGGAGUGGAUCUGCGACGAGCCCCGGAGGGGACGCAAGGCAGCACCCAGGCACGCCGCGGAGGCGCCCCCGGCUGAGCUUAGCAGCUGGCACGAGAACUGCGUGAGCCAGACCACGUCGUGGAGUCCCUGCUCCAAGACGUGCGGGCGGGGCCUGUCUCUGCGCGUCUCCAACGCCAACCGGCGCUGCGAGCUGGUCAAGGAGUCGCGACUGUGCAACCUCAGGCCGUGCGACGUCGAAAUCGCCAAGCACAUCAAGACGGGCAAGAAGUGCUUGAACGUGUACCGCGAGGAACGCCCCUCCAACAUGAGCAUCUCGGGCUGCACCAGCAUCAGGCAGUACCGGCCAAAGUUCUGCGGCGUGUGCACGGACGAGCGCUGCUGCAUCCCGUAUAAGUCCAAGACGGUGGACGUUGACUUUGUGUGCCCGGAUGGCUCCACCCUCUCGUGGAAGAUGAUGUGGGUGCAGGCCUGCUUCUGCAACCUCAGCUGCAAGAACCCCAACGACAUUUUCGCAGAUCUGGAGAAUUACUACGGAUACCCCGAAGUCAUGAACUAACUAGGCCACGCCCCCUUUUG